GGAGCCGUGCCGGGGGCGGGGAGCCGUGCCCGGCAGGAGGGGUUGCAGGCGGCGGCGGGGGCUGCACCGGGAUUUUCUCUCUCUCUUCAUUGCAACAAAGUUGCGGAGCGAGUGAUAUUGUUGCAACCCCCCGCCCCCCGUGGCUGCUGGCGGUUCGGAUCGGGGGCCGGAGCCGGUCGCUGCCCCGGGGGAGGGGGCGCAGAGCCGCCGCCGCUGGAUUAUCCCGAGCCGGGUCGAGCUCCCCUGGAUCUCCGUCUUCUGCUGUUGCCGCCGCCGGUGUGAAUCCGAGGGGCUGAGAUUUUUUUUUAACCCUAUUUUUUUGGAGGGGGGAUUUUGUCAAGGUCAUUCCGUGGAUUUAAUUUUUUUAUCUCCCCCCUCUCUCCUCCCACCACCACUACCCAGCCUUGCUCUGUGGAUUAUAAUCUCUCUGGAUCGGAGGGUCUGAACAGGAGGAUUUGUAGGGCUUCGGGGGUUGGGAAGGGGAAGUGGUGAGUGAGGAAGGGGGGGUGAUUUUUUUUUAUCUCCCCCUUCCCUUUUUCUUUUUCUGUUUUGGAAAUGGAUGGGAAGAUAAGGCAGAGCCGGAGAUCAAGGUCCCAAAGGGACCGCGUGAGGAGAAGGGAAGCUAAUGCCAGGGAUCCCCGAAAUCAAAGUCCUUCUUCGGCAUCCGAAAAGGAGCAAAGCCCCGGCAAGGAAAAUACAAGCCAAAACUGUACAAAUCCCCCAAACCAGGCGUCCACCGCCAGAAAUGUCAGACCUCCGAGGCGCAGGAGACGGGAAUCGAGCUCCCAAGAAGAGGAUUUAAUUGAUGGGUUUGCUAUAGCCAGCUUCAAUACCUUAGAAGCCUUGGAGAAGGACAUGUCCUUAAAGCCUCAGGAGCGAAAGGAAAAAUGGGAGAGGCAUCCAGGAAAGAAACCACGAGAAUCCGAAAACUACGUGUCCGCUGAGCCCAGUGAAAAUGGCCAUAAUAAUGAUGCCGGGAGCUCUGAGAGAGAGACUGAACGAGGCAAAGAGAGGGUGAAGAAGAAACACCCCUUGAAGAUAUCCAAGCAGAUGAAGGUCCCUGCAAGCAGAAGUGGCAGAAAUAGCGAAGAAGACAGCAUCAGGGAGGCCACAAGCUCUCAGCGGAGCAGCUCGAGGGACCGUCUCAGUGAUAGUUCUGCUCAAUCGCUUUCAGGAAGAGGCUAUUCCUGUGACAGCGAGAGUGAUAUUGACGAUAAGACCUCAACGGAACUGGAGCUGCCUCGUAUCAGGAGUGGCUUGAUAACAAGCAAGGCUUCUUUAGGCUCCGAGAAGCUGUUUUCCCCUGCAGCAAAUAAAGGGCCAACCUUGAAUGAUAAACCUGAAGCUAAAGCAGCGACCAUCCCAAAGGUGUCAGGGCUAGAGCGCAGCCGGGAACUGAGCACCGACGUGCCCUUCGUGCUGCCUAUUCCCAGCCCCCAGCCAGUUGCUGCUGUUGUGACUUCCACUUCUUCUGCGCCCACGUCGAGCGCCAGGGCAAGCCCGCUGUUGAAGAAGGAGCCAGUGAUCUCAGCACCAGCACCGCCAAGGCUCACACCCCAGCCACAGCCUCGACCACAGUCACAACCUCAGCCUCGACCACAGUCUCAGCCUCAGCUCAUACCUGAGCUUCGGACCCAGCCUCAGAGUCACAUCCCUCCCCCUCUCAGCUACCAAGUGCAUCACCAGGUGGCCCAGAACGGACUCAAUAUCAGCAGGAGCAGCAGCGCCAGUAGUGCAACAAGCAUCAGCCUCCCCAAACACCUUCCCCUUUCCCCCCAGAUCCCUCCUCACCACUCUUCCGGCCCAGCCCUGCCCCUCUCCAUCUCUAAUCUUGCUACCUCGCACUUCCCUCUCAGAUCGCAGACCCAACACCAACACCAGCACCAUCCGGCCAUGUUCGCCACCCCACCCACGCUACCACCACCACCAGCGUUACCCACCAACAGCCUUGUGAUACCAGGACACCCUGCAGAUCAUGAGCUGCUCAGGCAAGAGCUGAACAACCGGUUUCUGGUUCAGAGUUCGGACCGGGCCGGUGCCUCUCUUGGCCCGGUGCCAUUGCUGAGGGCGGAGUUUCACCAGCACCAACAUACCCACCAGCACCAACACACCCACCAACACACAUUCACUCCUUUUCCAUCCAGCUUACCCCAGACGCCGCUCAUGCCACCCUCUGCACCUCCCAUGGUGCGUACCCCAGCCCAAAAUUUUGACAAGUACGCUCCCAAAUUAGACAACCCUUACUUUCGACAUUCCAACUUCUUUCCAACCUAUCCUCCGGCAAUGCCUGGAAUGCCACCAAUGCUUCCACAUUCAGGACCUUUUGGGUCACUUCAGGGAGCAUUUCAACCGAAGACUUCAAAUCCAAUUGAUGUAGCAGGUAGACCUGGCACAGUCCACCACACUCUUCUGCAGAAGACUCCGGGGGUGUCGGACCCCUAUAGACCGCCAGUAAGAAAGCCUGGGAAGUGGUGUGCAGUUCACGUACAGAUUGCCUGGCAGAUCUACCAUCACCAGCAGAAGAUAAAGUACCUCCUGUGGAAUAUGGAGUAUUAUCCUAUUCAGAAUGAAAUGACCGAUACGGUGAAGGACAUUUUACAAAACAUAGAGCAGCAGAUGCAGCUGGAUCCCCACAAGCUAGACAUAGGCGGUAAACUUGACCUGUUCAGCAGACCUCCUGCCCCUGGAAUUUUUCCAGGAUUCCAUUACCCACAAGACCUUGCCAGGCCUCUGUUUUCCACGACAGGUGCUGCACAUCCAGCCACCACCCCUUUUGGACCCUCGCCUCAUCACAGCAGCUUCCUGCCUACUAGCCAUUUGGCAGGUAAGUAUCCAUUUAGCAGGUCAAGCACCUUCAGCGGCCUUGGGAACUUAGGCAGCAAUGCCUUUGGAGGAUUAGGCAGUCAUGCUCUGACUCACAACAGCAUAUUUGCUCACAAAGACGGUCCAAACCUACAGAGCUUUAAUAAUCCCCACGAGCCAUGGAAUAGACUCCAUCGAACCCCACCUUCCUUCCCGACACCUCCACAGUGGCCUAAACCAGGGGAUUCCGAACGAAGCUCCUCAGUAACCAACCACGACAGAGACCGGGAGCGGGAGUCAGAGAAGAGGGAUCUUUCACUGAAUAAAGACGACAGAGAGAAAGAGAGGGAUCUCAUGGAUAAAAACAGACAUUCAAAUAGAUCCUCACCGGCAUCAGCUCCUGUGACCCAUCAGAUCAGCAACCUCAUCCGCAGCAACAGUCAGACCUCCAGCGAUCCCAUCAGGCAAGUUAGCAUUGGUGAAAGGGAAAGGUCCAAAGAACCAGAGAGAGAGCACCCUGACCGACUGAGAGAGCCGCCCAUAACAGAACACAAGAUAAAAGAGAGCCGUUCCCCCGUGAAGGAAACUCCAAGCCAUGAUAAGAGACCCUCUGAGGACAACACGAAGCCAGUAAUUCAGUCUGUAUCUCCCUACAGCAAACCUGCACUAAGUGAGAGCUUGAAACUUAGCAAUUUAAUGAACAAAGAUAUAGAGAGAAAGCCAGAGCUUCCAAGUGACCUCCAGAAGAUUAAAAAUGACAUCAAGGUCAAAGAGGAGCGCAAGGAGGACAGUGAUGUGCUGGUGGUGGGAUCUGAACCUUCACAGCAUUCCAGAACAGUGGAACAUCCGCCACCACCUUCUUUGCAUGGAUUACCAUUGCCCCAUUCUAUGGCCGCCACAAUGCCUCUCUCCAUGAGUAGCGUUCACCAGAUGAACAACAUGAAUGUUCUAGACCGCAGCAGAAUGAUGACCCCUCUCAUGGGCAUGAAUCCUUUGUCAGGAAGGGAGAGACUGCCACAUCCUGGAUUUUCUUGGGACCCAGUGAGGGACCCACUGCGAGAUGCCUACCGGAGCUUAGACUUGCAUCGUCGAAUGGACUUCCAGCUCCGGACAGAUCCCAUCCACAGGUUCCCUACCACCUCUGGAUUUUAUGACCAUGAGCGUUCUUACAGAGACAGAGAACCGCACGACUAUAACCAUGAAAACCUUCUUGAAGCCCGCCGAGAGCAGGAGCGGUUGCGGCAAGUGGAGGAGAGGGAGCGCUUGCACUUACGGGAAGAACUUGAACGUGCCAGAAUGCACCACCUGCACGCGUCCCCUAUCGAAAGUCAUCUGGCACACAUGCCAUCGUUCAUGCCUCACUUAAGCGGGAUGCAUUACCCCAGACUCAGUCCAUCCACUGCCAUGCACAAUGGAAUUUUAAAUAGGAACCCACCAACCGCAGCGUUGAGUGCCCCGCCCCCUUUGGUACCAGCAAGCAGUACUAGACCUGCCUCCCCACGCAGGACUACCCCACUCACAAACUCAGAGUCCAGGGACUAUUCCCCCUCUAGGAACCCCAAAGAAGUAGAGGCACGAUAGUCCCCAACAGGGUGAAUUUUAAACUUGGCUGUAUAUAGAACAACAAAAAUCUUUUACAAAAUGCACUGCUGUAACCUUUUUUUUUUUAAUGUAAAAUUUAUAGAAGUUAAGCACAGUUCCAUAAAUAAUGGGGUAUGGGGUUUCAAACUUUCCAACAAGAAGGUUGCUAAGAAUGGGAAUUUAAUAUAUAUAGGUAUUGAUUUUUUUUUUUGUUUCUGUGCUAAAAUUAGUUAUUAAAAAUAUCAAGUUUGUACAUUUUUUCCCAAAUGUGAGAAACAUUUUUAAUGGAUUUGUAUUUUUUUUAAUUCUGUGCUCUUUAUUCACUUAAAAAAAAGAGAAAUUUUGCUUUUAGUUAAAUUUGCAUUUAAAAUGCCUCAGAUCCUUAAGAAAAUUACCCAGGGUUUCUUAAAGUAUUAUUUAUGGAAAUACUGUAGUUUCUUACAGUCCACUGUGAGGUUCCCUAACUGAGGCCAAUCGAUCACUUAUCUUGGUACUUUGGAACCGAAGUUACAGAUAUAUAUUAAAAUAUUAUUAUUAAUAAUAAUAAUGUACAAAACUGUUUGUUUUUUGCCUUAUAAUAUUAUGCAGAAAUUUAAGAGGAAUUUUUUUUGACUUCUUGUUUUAAACAAAACAAACAAAGAAAACAAACUGUAAAUAUUCUGUUAAUAUAAAUGUACACCAAUAUUAAAUUCUUAACAUAGGUAGACUUUAUAAAAAAAAGGUUUCUAGAACCACUCUGGUUAUUUGUUAACAUGGUUACAACUCAUUCUUGUCACAGUCAGAAAUACACACUCAGAAAGCUAAGUGCAGCAUAUAUACUUCAACUAUGCAAGAACUUGGAGGCAGGUCUUAGUGGAUGUUGGGGGGAGGAAGAUUUAAAAAAAAAAAAACAACCCGAAAAAAACAAAACAACUUGCAACUCUGGAGACAGAAUGGAAAUGGCAUGUGAACAGAAAGAAGGAUGCUUGUGUUUAAACAAAAAAAAAAAAAGACUGCAUUUUUUUUGUACAAACACAAGGGACAGUUCACCAAGGAAGAGACGCUCCUGGGAGGAGAUUUUGGUUUCCUACUUUUCAAGAUGGCAAAAACAGAUGGAACUGGCACAGUACCCAUGCGGCAGACCCUUUAAUUUUUUUUCUUUUUUCCUUCUUUUUUUUUUUUCUCUUGGUUUUUUUUUGUGUUGUGGGCAGGCUCGCUGGCAAGCAAGGACAAUUUUCCGUGGACCCCUUGUGCUAAUUGUGCAGUGUUCUUAUUGGAAUCUGUAUACAAGACAAAGUAGAAUUUUAGGAGUGCAAAAAAGUCUAAUGGUUGAUUUUAAAAAAAGAAAUUCUGAUGUAUUAUCUCUAUUACAUGAAGACCAUAAGCAAAUGUUUGUUGCAGUGUGGUUCUGCCUUGAACUGGCUUUUUGGAAUGAUUUUUAUUUUUAUUUCAAAUUUUACUUUUCAUUCAUAUGUAAAUUUUG